AUGUUCUCCAUGAAACAGUUCCCUCCCCUACCUCCAGAAGAGCGCUACCCCCAAAUCCUGGGCCAGCCUGAGCGGGUCUUGGGAGUGGACGAAGAUAGCAUGGGUGGCGGCUGUUCUCAGAAGUUGGCAUCGGCCAAAUACCUUCGUCUUUUGUUGCUGGUAUUGAUCCCAUGUAUCUGUGCCCUCAUUCUCUUAUUGGUGAUCCUGCUUACCUUUGUAGGUUCAUUUGAAAAAAAAUAUUUUAGCGUAAAUGAGAGUGACUUGCUGGCCACUGAUGAUGGCAUCCAAAUAGCAGAUGUUCUUCCUACUACUAUGAUUCACAAUGGUUCCACUGGGAUGUCUACACCGAAUCCUAGCCAGCAGACUCUAGCUUCCUGGACCACAUAUCCUUCUUCCCAAGGAGACCAAAUGAACAAAAACAUAAGUGAGUCAGAAGAUUUGUCAUCAGAGAAACCUUUUACUUCUAUAACACCUAUUGAUGAUAUUUUAAGUUUGGCAUCUGAUAGUGAUAAAUCACAACCACUUCCUAGUACAACAGAAGAAUCUAUUUGGUCACUCCAGUCAACCAGCAAGUUACCAGAUUGGAUUCCCUCUUCAACAUUAAGUCCUACCUGGUCAACUGUUAUAUCAGAAAUGGAUAUGAAAAAAGGUGCUUGUGUAAAUAUUGUUAAUAGCCAGUGUCAAAUGUUGCCUUACAACCACACCACUUUGACAUCUAUUCUUUCCAUUGUGAAAAGAAUUGAAUUGGAAAAGUUCCUGAAGUUCUUCAGUUAUCUCAACCGCCUCAGCUGCUAUCAGCACAUCAUGCUGUUUGGCUGUAGCAUUGCUUUCCCUGAGUGCAUCAGCGAUGGUGAUGACAGUCAUGGACUCCUGCCCUGUAGGUCUUUUUGUGAAACUGCAAAAGAAGGCUGUGAACCAGUCCUGGGAAUGGUGAAUUCUUCCUGGCCUGAGUUCCUCAAAUGCUCACAGUUCAGAAACCACAGCGAAAGUGACAUCGGGAGGGUCUGCUUCUCCCCGCAGCAGGAAAGAGCAAAACAAUUGCUGUGUGGAGGAGGUGAGAGCUUUCUGUGCACCAGCGGAGUCUGCAUUCCCAGAAAGCUGCAGUGCAAUGGCUUCAACGAUUGUGAUGACUGGAGCGACGAGAGGCACUGCAAUUGUAGUGAAGAUCUAUUUCACUGUCACACAGAAUGCCUUAAUUAUAGUUUUGUAUGUGAUGGAUAUAAUGACUGUGGAGACCUAAGUGAUGAACAAAAUUGUGACUGUGAUCCCAUAAAGGAAUAUCGCUGUGGAGAUGGCCGAUGCAUUUCAAUGGCCUGGGUGUGUGAUGGUGACCAUGACUGUCUAGAUAAGUCAGAUGAAGUCAAUUGCUCAUGUUACAGUCAGGGUCUUCUGGAAUGUGGCGAUGGCCAGUGCAUCCCCAGCGCUUUCCGGUGUGAUGGUGAUGAGGACUGUAAAGAUGGAAGUGAUGAGGAAAACUGUAGCCACAGCCAGACCCCAUGUCUAGAAGGUGAUCAGAAAUGCAUCUACAAUUCCUGCUUUGAUGCAUGUGGUGGGAGUUCCCUUUGCGACUCUGACAGCAAUCAGACCAACUGCAGUCAAUGUGAACCAAUCACCCUGGAGCUUUGCCUCAACCUUCCCUAUAAUUAUACAAAUUUUCCAAACUACCUUGGCCACAGGACUCAGAAAGAAGCUUCUAUCAGCUGGGAGUCCUCCCUCUUCCCAGCCCUUGUUCAGACCAACUGUUACAAAUAUCUCAUGUUCUUCGCCUGCACUAUCUUGGUACCAAAGUGUGAUCCACAUACAAACCAGCACAUCCCACCCUGCAGGACACUCUGCGAGCAUUCCAAAGAACGUUGUGAGUCUGUGCUCGGGAUUGUGGGUCUUCAGUGGCCUGAAGACACAGAUUGCACUCAGUUUCCAGAGGAAAGUUCAGACAACCAAACCUGCCUAAUGCCUGAUGAAGAUGUAGAAGAAUGCUCCCCCAGUCAUUUUAAAUGCCGCUCAGGAAGGUGCAUUCUGGCGUCUAGAAGAUGUGACGGGCAGGCUGACUGUGAGGAUGACAGUGAUGAAGAACACUGCGGUUGCCAAGAGAGAGGUCUUUGGGAAUGUCCUGUCAGCAAACUGUGUAUCAAACAUGAAGUGAUUUGUGAUGGGUUUCCAGACUGUCCUGAUAAGAUGGAUGAAAAAAACUGCUCAUUUUGCCAAGAGGAUGAACUGGAGUGUGCCAAUCAUGAUUGUGUAUCCCGUGAUUUGUGGUGUGAUGGUGGCAUAGAUUGUUCAGACAGCUCUGAUGAAUGGGACUGUGUGACAUUAUCUAAUGAUGUGAACUCCUUUACAUUCCUGACUGUUCUUCGAUCUGCCACUGACCACCAAGUGUGUGCUGACAACUGGCAAGAGACCUUGAGUCAACUGGCCUGCAAGCAAAUGGGUUUAGGGGAGCCGUCAGUGACCAAAAUUAUACAAGAACAGAGACAUCCUUGGAAGUGGCUGACUCUGCGCUCAGACUGGCAGCAUAAAAAUGCAAGCACUCUCCAUGAACUUCUAGUAAAAGGGCACCCUUGUCAAAGCAGAAGUCGAAUUUCUCUCUUGUGUUCUGAACAAGACUGUGGCCGUCGUCCUGCAGCUCGUAUGUAUAAGAGGAUUCUGGGUGGCAGAACAAGUCGCCCUGGAAGGUGGCCAUGGCAAUGCUCCUUGCAGAGUGAUCCAAGUGGACACAUUUGUGGUUGUGUUCUCAUUGCCAAAAAAUGGGUUCUGACUGUUGCUCACUGUUUUGAGGGGAGAGAAAAUGCUGCUGUGUGGAAAGUGGUGCUUGGUAUAAACAAUCUGGAUCACCCAUCGAUCUUUAUGCAGACUCGUCUAGUGAAGACGAUUAUUUUACAUCCUCGAUACAACAGAGCAGUGGUUGACUAUGAUAUCAGCAUUGUGGAACUAAAUGAAGAUAUCAGUGAGACCAGUUAUGUCCGUCCAGUCUGUUUGCCCAGAUCAGAACAGGUGGUAGAGCCCGAUACUUAUUGUUACAUCACAGGCUGGGGACAUAUGGGCAACAAAAUGCCUUUUAAACUUCAAGAGGGAGAAGUCCGUAUUAUUUCUCUGGAACAGUGCCAGUCCUACUUUGAUAUGAAAACGAUUACCACCAGAAUGAUAUGUGCAGGUUAUGAGUCUGGCACUGUGGACUCCUGUAUGGGUGACAGUGGUGGGCCUCUUGUUUGCGAGCGUCCUGGAGGCCAGUGGACAUUGUUUGGCUUGACUUCAUGGGGCUCAGUCUGCUUUUCCAAAGUUCUGGGACCAGGUGUUUAUAGUAACGUUUCACAUUUUGUUGACUGGAUUGAACGGCAAAUAUACAUCCAUACCUUUCUGCUCAAUUGAUUAGCAAAGUAAAGAAGACUGCCUCUUCAACUUUUGUGGGAGACACUGAAGGAAGCACUUUCUACAGGAGGACAAUGUGACAGCGUGGCCCAGAUGAGUAA